AGGGAGAAAAUGAAUCUCAGUUGCGUGGGUGAGACGUAAAUAGACUGUGUGCGAGCAUGUAGAAUUUUGUGCAAGAAUGCUUUCUUUGUAGGAUAGUAUAGUUUAGGCCUACUACAUUUGUUUAUGUGAGUUGGAGAGAAUAGAAUAAGAACAGCAAGUUAAUAACAGCAACGUUGAUGUUUAUUAUUCCUUUGAAUUUUUUUUAGAAUGUAUGUUAGAAAUACAACAACCAAAUCAUUCAACUUAGUGCCAUCCAUCCGUAACCUAAGCUGCAGGUCAACACAAGCAGUGGUAGAGUGCCAGGCAGAGGGCGCUCGGUCCCGUAGCAUGCUUCUUUGUGAGAAUAAAGCCCACGGUGAUAAAAUGGUCUGCGUCCAAAAUGCAUAGAAUCGAGCAAGCACGGAGCAUUUAAAAACUGUCGUCACGAAGGCAGUCCGUGGCGUUUGGGGCACUGGAAACCGAUGCAAGGACUACAUGGCUGUUUUGGCAUUGUCUCAGUGAAACGGCAUCGGAAGAAAACCUAGCUGCUUGCUCGCUUCGGUGUAGAUAAGUUCAGGAGCCGCACUGUUGAUAGUCGAGUCGAUACCAGGGCGGAGAACAAAAAGAUUCAACGCUGAUGCUAGCGUUUUGGAAACACUGUUUCCCUCAGCUCAAAUCUGUAGCCUACUAUUUUUGGCACAAUUAGGCGAGCAACUUUUCUCUCAUCUUCUGGACAAUGACUUUCAUGACAGCUACGCAAGUUAAUUAAUUUUUCUGCGGAGGUCAAGUUGAGGAGUUCCUACCAAAACAUGUGCCAGCCUCAGAGUCAAGGACACACUGUGAUGUGCUGAGGAUGGCUGGUCCAAACGCAAGUGCCUGUGGCCCUGCAGGCUAAACGUCAACCCUCCCUCCUCCCUCCCUCCCCACCUACAGAGGAAGGACGGAAGGAAGAAUGCACCUGUCCCACAUCGGCAUCAACAAGCUCUGCUUCCUCGUCUCGCUGGCCCUAUGCGCCUUCCUCCUGCUCCUAAUCCCUACCCUCCAGGCUCCCCCGCGCCAGGGGGACCGGCUGCCACCCCCGCCCCGACCCCACACCAAGCCUGCCAGCGCAGCGGGCCGUCUUCCGUCCGGCGGCAGUGCCCGCUCGAACAAGACCACUGUGGCACACAGGGUCACGCUCGACGAGAGCCAACAGACUCGUAAAGAGAGUGCUGGGGCUGAGAUCAGGUCCCUCAAGGGGGAUGCUGGCGCUGCUGCUGCUGCUGCUGCUGCUCAGAGGAGAUAUUCAGGGUCUCGUUCCAGAGACCCGCUCGAGCCCAAAGACAUUUUCAUCGCCAUCAAAACAACCAAGAAGUACCACAAGACUCGUCUGGAGCUGCUCUUCCAGACCUGGGUGUCCAGAGCAAAGGAGCAGACCUUCAUAUUCACUGAUGGUGAAGAUAAGGAGCUGAGGAAGAAGCCAGGGCUGAAUAUGAUCAACACGAACUGUUCAGCUGCUCACACCCGUCAGGCCCUGUGCUGUAAGAUGUCUGUGGAGUACGACAAGUUCAUUGAGUCACAGAAAAAGUGGUUCUGCCAUGUGGACGACGAUAACUACGUGAUCCUGCCCAGCCUGCUCCGGCUGCUAGCCUCCUACUCCCACACGCAGGACGUGUAUCUGGGUCGGCCGAGCCUGGACCACCCCAUAGAGGCAGCCGAGAGGGUCAAGAGCGACGGAUCGGUGUCAGUCAAGUUCUGGUUUGCCACCGGUGGAGCCGGUUUCUGCAUCAGUAGAGGACUGGCACUCAAAAUGAGCCCGUGGGCAAGCCUCGGUAACUUCAUCACCACGGCAGAGAAGAUCCGUCUCCCUGACGACUGCACCAUCGGCUACAUCAUCGAGGCGUUGUUGGAGGUCUCCAUGACGCACACACACCUGUUCCACUCGCACCUGGAGAACCUGCAGCGGUUGCCCAGCAACACUGUGUUAGAUCAGGUUACCCUGAGCUAUGGAGGAUUUGAGAAUAGAAGGAAUGUGGUCAGUGUCGGGGGCAUCUUCUCAUUGGCCGAAGACCCGUCACGGUUUAAAACCAUCCACUGCCUUCUGUAUCCAGAGACGGAAUGGUGCCCCAAAAAGAGCCGCCCCUGACCUCUGUCCCAGAGUUGCCCCCGUUGAAAGCACUCCUCUAUUCCUUCACAAACUAUCUCCGGUCUCCCUGGAGCAAUGUUGUGCUUCUCCAAAAUCAACAGUUUACCACUUUUGGGACUUUGUUUUUUUUUUUUGUUAAAAAGCUGUUUCAGCUUUUCAUACAAAUUUCUAUUAAGGUACAAAAGCCAGGUUUGUAUCUGGCUGCUUCUUGAGACAGGGUAAAGGCUUUAAUUUAUUAUUAUUGGUCCCAAACCAUUUGAAAGACUGGAUGGUGGACGUACAUGAGCAGUAUUAGUGGAUAUUGAAAAGCAAAUCAGUAUUACAGGUCUGUUAGGACGUGUUCCUUCAUUCUGCCAGGCUUUGACAAACUGCAGUGUUUUUUGGUUUGUUUUUUUUUUGUCAUCGGCCUGUUAAACAUAUACGUGUAUGAAUCCAUAAUAGCACAUGACAGCCAAUAUUAUGACCACAGCUAAUGCAAUCGAGGUGUAGAAAUAGGAGCCCAGUGAGCAUUACGACAGUGGAGCCAUUGUGCCUGGCGGCCAUUUUGUAAGAAACAAGUGAACCACAGCACUGAUUCAAUCACCCAAUCAUGCCAGGUUAUUCAUUUGGAAGGAGUUAUUCAUAGUUCAGUUCAGGUCGUUACGCAAUUUGUGUGGACAUUAAAUUUAAUGACAUCAAGACUUACUGACGACGUCAUUUCGAAGGCAGUAAAAUCUGUCGGUUUUUUAAAGAUCAUUAUUGCGCCGUUUUGAGAAUCAUGGGAUUUCACACUCAUAUCAUCCUAUUAACGCCAUCAUGACAAAACAAGAUUUUCCAUUCCAAGUUCUCGCCUGAAACAAGUUAUUGAGUUGGUCGAUUUUUAGGUCAAAACUUUUUCAAAAGGUCAAAACUUUUUCAAAAAGCAAAACCUGAUAUUCCUGCCAAGUCUGUGUGCUAUAUAGUUCCUGUGCCCUUCAUUAUGUUCUUGACUUUUCAUGCUCUGUUGAAUUGCACAAGCGCAAUCACUGCUGGCCAGUGGUAGGUAUAGUUAAACACAUGCCAAAACCAACACACUAUAUCGUCCUAAGCAACACCAGCUCGUGAAUGUGCACUCAAUCACAAAAAUUAUGUCUAGCACAUACCCGUUAUACAACACCAUACGAGUGAGAGUUGCAAAAACACUACCAAAGAAUGUUGUGGUUGAUUCCUAUGUGUUCUGUUCUUAUGUAUAUGUAUGUACGUCUGUGUGUCUGAAAAUAAAGCAUGUUGCAGUUGCCACAGA